UCUUAAAGCGUUUAUGUCUGUUUUGUGCAGAUUGUGAAGGAUCGCUUUCUCUGACUAUAUUAGGUACGUGGACACUGCAGCGUGGUUACUCUUCGUUGCGAACUCCGAGGUACAUUGUCAACGUUCUGUAGCAAUUAAUCAAUUCAGUAUGGGUUCUGGCGGCGAGUUCUCUGGAAAAUCGACCUUUGUACUCUGCACGCUCUGCUUUGCACUUGGUGCAGUAGUAGGCUAUAAAGCUUGUGCAGGGAGACGCAGGUAUCUUGAGUACAAACGAGACAAGUCGGCCGACCGCUACAUUCAUGCACAGGCCAAAUUGGACGCCCAGUAAGAACGACUACCACCAGACUGUAACGCACAUUUGCACUGUACUUCUCCUGUUGACUUCAUAGCGUAACAAAAAUGGACACGAAGUUACAGCCAGCCAUUGUUAUUCACGGUGGGGCAUGGGCAAUACCGGACAACUUUGCCGAAGCUAGCAAGCUUGGGGUACAGAUUGCAGCCAAAAUAGGGUACAAGAUUUUGCACAGUGGUGGAAGUGCUUUGGACGCGGUGGAAGCGGCUGUAUGCUCUUUAGAAGAUGACCCUGUGUUUGACGCAGGGCGUGGCUCUACUCUGAAUGAAAUUGGGGAGGUGGAGAUGGAUGCUGUUAUCAUGGAGGGGAGCGAGUUGAGGGCAGGAUCUGUCGCUGCUGUUCAAAACAUUCGUAAUCCUGUAAAGUUAGCAAGGCUUGUGAUGGAACGUACUGACCAUUGUGUCUUGGUCGGUAAAGGCGCCAAUAUGUUCGCAGAGGAGAUGGGAAUUGAAGAAGUUAGCGUUGACUCUUUGGUAACUGACUCUGCCAGACAUGAUUGGGAGCAUUAUAAGAAAUUUAAAGUCACUGUAAAUGAGUUUUUUUGUAGUCGUGGUGACCCUCAUGAUACUGUUGGAGCUGUCGCUGUUGAUUGCCAUGGCAAUGUAGCUUGUGCUACAUCAACUGGUGGAAUUACAGCAAAACGAGUUGGUAGAGUCGGCGAUAGUCCAAUUAUUGGAAGUGGAGCUUAUUGCGACAAUAACUAUGGUGCCGCUUCUGCCACUGGGCAUGGAGAAAACAUUAUGAAAGUAACAUUAUCAAGACAUGUGCUGUAUUUAAUUCAGCAGGGUUUGACUCCCCAGGCUGCUGCAGAUAAAUCAAUUGAGUACAUGUUUGAGAGAGUUAAGGGCACUGGUGGAGUGAUUGUUGUAGGCAACAAAGGUGAUAUUGGAUAUAAUUUCAAUACUAAGCGAAUGGCAUGGGCUUCACUGAAGUGUAACACCUUAAAAUAUGGGCUCAAUCCUGGGGAUGAGUUCGUCUCUGACUUUAAUCCAUAAGUUUGUGAUAGACUUAAAAUUGUAACAAAAAAUAAACAAACAUAAAUUUAGGUAUGAUAAUUGAAUCUUUGUUUUUGCGUCUUUGUAUGCCUAAUUUUUGGUCACUGUAUAAUAUUACUCAUCAAAUAUUGAGUAAUAAAAUAUGAUCAAUGCCUUGCU